GGCUGUUAUUGAAAAAAGUUAAAAUCAAUCUACUGAUGUAUCCUUUUAAUUCUUCGAUUUAGAGACUUGAUUGUGCAAUUGAUAUGUGAAGCAAUAUAAACUUCUUGAUUACAUUGGGGUUAUUGAGAUCCUACAAACGGGCAUUCAAUUUCAAGUGUUGUUGAGCAUCACGGAGUAAAAUAACCUUUCGGGCCAUGAAGGACGACAUCAUCUACUUGAUUCUGUUGGGGCUGUGCAUUGCGUUUGGCCAGUUUUAUCGCAAGUUUCGUGACCCAGAGCAGAAGAAAUGGGUUGGAGCUGCAGUAGGCUUGCUUAUCGUGGUCGCUUGCUCCGGAUUUCACACGCUGCACAUGCUGUUCUGUUAUCUCGUGUGUGGGCUUAUCAUAAUCUAUGUUAAUCGAAAAGUUUGUCAUCUGGUUAGUUUUGGAUUUAUGUUUGGCUAUCUGUUCUUCUUCCGUGCAGCCACGUAUGUGUGCUUCGAGGCCCCGCCUGGUCAUAGUAACAUGAUUCAAAUGAUUUUGACGUUGAAGCUAGUGGGAUUGGCUUUCGAAGUGAACGCCGCCGCUACUAAAUCGGCAGAGAAUGGUCAAGCUAAGAAAGACGACGAUAGCCCAAAGAAGGUUUUGAGUGAAUGCGAAAACGCUCUCUUGAAAUUAGACAUGCUGGACAUUUUUCAUUACUGCUUCAACUAUGUCGGCGUAUUAACCGGACCGUAUUUUACCUUUAAAACUUUCCGUGAUGCCAUUUAUCUUCCCUUUAGUUUCAACGCAAACUGCAUCGAAGCUACUCUUGAUAAGCUAAAGGUUAUUCCCUUAUACGCAGGAUUAUUCUUGCUUAUCUCUUACCUCUGGCCGUUGAGUUAUGCAACAUCCACUGAAUUCUAUGAGGAACGUUCUUUCAUUUAUAGGCUAAUGUAUGUUUGGCCUACAUUCUUUAUUUUCCGUAUGCGCAUAUACACAGGCAUCAUGCUGAGCGAGUGUGUUUGCACAAUGGCUGGUCUUGGCGCCUAUCCUAAAGUUUGCGAAAAUAAAUCUGGUCAUGGGCCGAGCAAGGAUUAUUCCAGCCUGAUAAGUAACGCGGAAAGCAUCGAAUAUGAUUUUGAAACGGUACGCAACAUUGAUGUAGUUAAUACGGAAAAAUGUUGGACCUUCCGGGAGGCUAUGAAAUAUUGGAACAUGUGCGUACAAUAUUGGAUGGCCAUGUACGUGUACAAACGUUUCCCAAGCAAAAAGUAUCGAACGCUCGCAACGCUGGCCGUGUCCGCUAUCUGGCACGGUGUAUACGCUGGAUAUUACUUCUGCAUUUGCGCCGCUCCUUUCUAUCUUCCAGUCGAAGAUCUGUACUUCAAGCUGUUUAUCAAGGAUGCCACAGGCACUAAGCGACAAGUAUUGAACGUGAUUUGUUGGAUCUCGAAAUUUUUCGCCUUCUCCUACAUGGGAAUUGCGUUUUUGUUACUAACAAUUGACAAAAUCUGGUUCUACUACGGAUCGGUUUAUCAUUUCCCUUAUAUCAUGUGGAUCGGGUUGUAUGUGGUUGGUGUGUUCAUUGCCAAAGAUAGGAAAACCAAAGCACGUCGAGCGGAGAAGCUGGCGCAAAAAGAGGAGAUAAAAUAGAUUCUAGCAUUUUACUGACUCCGUCGAAUUUGAAAGUUGUACUCAUUAAUUAAUUCAUUACCUUCGAAAGGUAUUUAGGGCACUGCAGCAAUGUAACAUAAGUUUGUAGCUUGAUAAUAAAACAAUAAAUGAAUAUUAUUUUGCGUUUGCGCGCUCCUGACUCAGUUAUUCGUCAAUAAAUU